UUCAUUACGAAUUCAGUGGCUUUUGUAUAAGUUUUUAGUGUAGAUUAAUUUUAUAUCGACCGUGGAUUUUUUGCAACGUUAAUAAAGAGAUAGUUACUUGUCACCGGUUCAAUUGAUGUGUAUAUAGCCAUAUAGUGAAAUAUGUGUUCAUUCUCGAGGUAGACCUUUUUAUCUGUCUAUAGCUCGUUGAAUUAGGAUGAAGAGGCGGGGCUAAGGUGUAAUUGACGCAUUCGGACCAAUCGUCGAGUUCAAUAUGGGAACUCGUAUUGAAAUGGCUUAUGAAUUACAGAUUGUCAAUCGAGAACCAAUCGAGUAUUGAAAUAAAUGUAAAAUAAGACGAAAUAUUUGAAUCACUAUUGUUAAAGUGUGAAAUGGAUAUGUCUAUGUAAGCAUGGGGAGCAUUUGCUAAUAGUUUAAUACACUAUUAAAGCUAAACCGGAGUCUAUGUGCAAGAAAUGAAUAAUAUACAGGGAUUGUAAACGUUAUUAAAGUAGAGAAUAAUUGAUAAUUUGGCACUUGCGUUAAAUGUAAGAGUAAAUUAGAUAUAAAAAAGGCAUUAACGUAUAUUUAAUUUCGAAUUACCGCUUUUUUGCGUUUGGAUUUGCGUUGUUCAAUAGGUGGUGGAAAUCUGAGAGUCUUAAGCCAGUUGUAUAGGAAUUUCAGACACGAUUGUGCGUUAUAUGGUUAUGUUAAUAACUAGUGUACAUGAAUAUCUAAUUGAUUUUAAGGAAUCUUUGCUGAACAAUUUUAUUCUCUAGUGCACGGGCUUAACUGUAUUAAUUAUUUCUACUUCAAAUAAAGUACAGAUACAGUCGCGAUGACUUAGAUGAACAUUAUUAGAACGGGAUAAACAAAAAACUCGGACAUAAUUUAAUAUCUCUGAUUUGGUUAAUAUUUCGAACGCCUUGCAUGGAAAGCAUAUCAGUUGUGUUAGUCAAAGAACUUGGAAUGUAUAGCUUGGGGAUUUGAGGAAUACCGAUGGCUAGAAGCUAUGGGAGUUAGUAGGACCAACAAGAUCUUCAUCGGACUGUUCUACCUGAUCUUCUUUGUCUACGGAAAUUUUCUUGCACUGUCAUCCGUGGUCGCCUUAGGGGCCAAUAUCAUUUGUAAUAAAAUCCCUGGUCUUGCCCCACGUCAGAGGGCGAUAUGUCGCAGUAGGCCUGUAGCAAUGGCGGUGAUUGGCGAGGGAGCUAAAAUAGGGAUCACAGAGUGCCAGUUUCAGUUUCGAAACAUGCGCUGGAACUGUUCCAGUGCUUCAAAAUACCAGUCAUUAUUCGGAUAUCAACACGAAAUAGCAAGCAAAGAAGCUGCAUUUUGGUCGGCAAUAAGUUCGUCUGGUGUAGUGUAUGCCAUUACGCAUGCGUGUAGUGUAGGAAGUCUAGACAAAUGCGGUUGUGAUAAAUCGCAAAUGCAACGAAAAGGUGACAAAGGUUGGACUUGGGGUGGCUGUAGUGCCGAUAUAAAACAUGGACUUAAACUUGCUAGAAAAUUUCUUGAUGCACGAGAAAUUGAGGAAACGGCGAGAUCUUUAAUGAAUAAACACAACAACAAAGCAGGGAGAAAGGCUGUUAAAGACAAUAUGGGCAAAGAAUGCCGAUGUCACGGUACUUCCGGUUCAUGCACACUAAAGACAUGCUGGCGGAAGCUUCCUCCAUUUAGAAAAAUAGGAGAUUAUUUAUUUAAACAAUUCAAUAGUGCAAAACUGGUUGUUCCUUGGAGAGGCGGUAGACUUCGUCGACCGAAAAGAUUGCUUCUGCAAAAAUCCAAAAAACCUAACAGAAAACCUCGAAGACGGGACUUAGUUUACCUCGAAAAGUCACCAAACUUUUGUGAAUACAAUGAAAACACUGGUUCCUUAGGAACGGUUGGUAGGAACUGCAAUAAAAGUUCAGAUGGAAAUGAUGGGUGUGACUUAAUGUGUUGUGUGAGGGGCUAUAAUACGCAUCAAUAUACCAAAACGUGGCAGUGUAAUUGUACUUUUCAUUGGUGUUGCAAUGUUAAUUGUAAAAAUUGUACAGAAAAACGUUUAGAAUACACAUGUAAGUAAUAAAUAACAAACAAUAUUUACAUGGUCUCGAACAAAGGUCCCAAGACGUGAGUUGUGUUAGAUGUUCGACACGGGGCGUUCGUUUACUGACAUAAGAUGUAAGACAUAAAGUGUAUACAUAUAGCUCCAUAGCUUUGUCGUGGUGUUGUUUGUCUGUGGUGUAAUGACUGAGGACAAUGUAGACAAAGUCUAGCCUUCAGCCUAGAUAGAUUUUUCGCGAUAAUUGCGCGUAAAAAAAAGUUGCUUUUAUAUAUUAAGAUAAAGCAACAGACGGUGUUUUAUUUAACCAGUGUCUUUCAAUCGAGUUUAGAGAGAGUGGGAGAGGAGAGCAAUGGAGUGAAUUUCCAUGGCAACAGAAUGUUUAAGGGUCUCCAACAGAAGUUGGACCGUGUUUUGAUAUGACGUCAUAAUUUUGUUUCUAUAACAACGAUAUGUUUAAGAAAAGAUGGUCUAGAGUCUAGAAAAGUAAAGUCCCGAAACAUUUCUUUGUUAUAUACAAUCUGUUAUUGAUAUAUAUGUUUUUGCAAUUUAGUUUCAUAGACAACGACUUUCGAACAACAACAACAUUCUUUUAUAAUGCAUAUAAAGAAAGACAUUUAUUUUAAGAAUGCAUGGACAUGUCUGUCAAAUAGAGUACAAGCGCAAAUGUUUGUUAUACACAACAAUAUUCAUUUCUGCAACUAGUAAAUUAUUUAUUAUAGAUAUCUUUAAUAAUUAUCCUAAGCCAAAAAGUAAGGGAGAAAAAAAUCACGUUCAAUCCUGCAUACCAAGUUAGUUUUGGAACUCUUUCCAAAACCAGCAACAAGUACCCUGAAUACAGCUUCUUAUUAAGAACGAUAGCUGUGUCCGGCAAAUAUGCUUGACCGGACCUCUAGAUACGAAAACAAUUUCGAAUAUAGCUACCCAGAUUGUUAUAUUGUAUGUUACAUAACUAUGUUACCUUGACAGCAAUGGCAUUGCCUCAUAAAGUGUUACAAUUUUUUUCUAAUGUCAAGCAGAUUUUAUACAGUAUAAACGUAAUAUUGUUUCUAACGUUGUUAGAAUACACAAAACCAUAACAAAACUAUAUUUAACUAUGUCCUACAGUUUGAGUUGUCUCACAAUCUGUCCAUUUGUAAAUGCCUUAAUGAACUUUUAUAUACGAAGCUAUUUCGAUAGUGAAACGAUAAUUACGUAAUUUAUAAAAUAUAUAUAUUUCACUGAAUGAUAUGUGCAAAUCCUUUUGUUUAUAGAUAAAUUAAGAUAACACAUUUUUGGACAUGGACAAUGUCUAUGUAGGGGUGAAGAUGGCCCCAUGCCUGGUGAAAUUUUCUACUGAAAAAAAGAUUCAUUUACAUAGAUAUUGUCAAAACUUUAAGCACACGUUGUAAAUUUCAUACUUGCUGAAUAUAAAGAAGUGUCACAAACUAACUUAAUUAAAUUAUCUUGUAAUUUAUACAUAAUUAUGCGUAAUUGCAUGUUCACGUCAUAUGACCCGUUUCAGAAUACAACUUUUCUGAUCUUACUUUAGAACAAUGACACUCUUAUCAAUUCUGUGUUCAAGCAUAUUUUUGUCAAAAUCAUUAUGGAUAUGUUUCGACAUCUAGGUUAACAGUCUUCCUAGUUGAUGGGUUCUGACAUGGCAUGGUUCGUUUAGCUGUGCUGAAAUUUUGACUUACUUAUGAAAAUCACCUUUUCUUUCCAUCUGUUAUAAUGUAAUGCUAUUUUACGUUUAUUUCUUUCAAUUUUAGCUCUGUUAUUGAAACUUUGGUUUUAAAAAUUCACUUUUAUGUAUUUCACAUAUACUUAUAGCAUAUCGUCAUAUAUGUUGCCUUCAGAAUAUCUGGACUUUGUCAUAUAUAAAAACAACAACAUUUAAACACAGUAUCUUUCCUAAGUAGAUUUUUAAACGCCAAUUUUGUAUAGAAAUAUAUUCUAAGAAUACCGGUAGAUAUGUUUUUCUAGGUCACACCAAUUCUGUUAAGUUCAUAUAGUGAUUGUUACGUAUUGCAUCAAAAUUGAGUGGACACAAAUUGAAAAGCAGAGUCAUCUAGCUUUGUUUUAAACAAUGUUUAUUUCGAAUGAUUAUUAUGGAUAUAUGUUCAUAUCCACAAUGCGUCAACCAUGUUGGCACGUUGUGUUGGCGCGUUAAGGCAUGUUGUGUUGACAUGUUAUGUUUGCUUUAUACGUGUUAUAUUUGAAAUAUAUAUAUGUAAUGUAAUAAUAUCACUAUUUCAUAUUGAUACAUCUGAACUGUCUCUGAUCUCAAAUGAAGAAUGGUAAGGACAUUGUCUCUCUGUAUAUGACGUCAUUUGUGACUUCACUGAAUUAAAUGCUCUACAGAAUCUUUUAACAGUUUUUAAUUGUUUGUUUUAACCAUAAGUAAUUCCAAAAAGGGUAAUUUACUAAAUUAUAGAUUAUACACCGGUCUUUGAUUUAUCUUGGAUUGGACAAUGGAAUCCUUAUAAUAAAAUAUUGAAAGAACAAGGUUGUAUAUCAAAAUUUACUUUAGUGAAAUUGAUACAUAAUUAUAGUCACAAUUAUGAUUCUUGUACAAGAGUAAGUCAAAGAUUUUUGUGUCUAAUGAACGCAAUAUACAUGUUACAAUAUUCAGAAGAUAAAUUGAUAUAGAUAUUUUUUGCAGGAGGAAAUGUACUUAUUCAUUUAAUAUUUAUGAUCAUGGGUUUUCUAUGGCCUUAAUUUUAGAGAGCAUAAUAUUAUUUCAUAUCUAUUUAUAUAGAUAUAUUGUAGGUUUAAUUAUUGUGAGAAGAAAAGAGCCGCGUCACGACAACACCAACAUAAUGGGUUUGCGAUCAGCAUGGAUUCAGACCAGCAUGCGCAUCCGCGCAGUCUGCUCAGGAUCCAUGCUGUUCGAUAUCAGUUUCUCUACUUGUUAUAGGGUUUGUAAGCGAACGGCAUGGAUCCUGAGCAGACUGCACGGAUGCGCAGGCUGGUCUGGCUCUAUGCUGGUCGCAAAUGCAUUAUGUUGGUUUUGUCGUGACGCGGCUCAAAUGUCCUUAUCAGUCGGUGUAAGUGUUACAUUUUAAUGUUAUAUUUUACCUUGCCAAGGGACAUAAAUAUCCCUGUCCAUGUGAUAUAUACAACUAUUGUAAAUAUUGUAAAAAAAUAAAUUAAAUAUUGCCUUGUAAAGUAGUCUUUGUUUUAACUUACAUCUUUUGGAG